AUGGCCACCCCCAGUGUUCUCGCUUUUGACGGUGAGGGUCGGGCCAUUGACUUUGAGGUCUGGGUAGAUGACCUGCAGCUUUUCCUACAGUGCGAUAGGGCAGACGGUCUCUCCUUCUUUGACCUCACCUCUGGUGCCUCCCCUGCCCCUGCUGCCGAUGCCGACGCCACUGUUCGCUCCCAGUGGGCCACUUGCGAUGCUGCUGCACGUCUUGCUGUGCGUCGCCACCUGCCUACCACUGAGCGCGCACACUUUAGUCAGUACAAGAGUGCUCAGACCUUGUACGACGCCGUAGUUGCGCGCUACUCUUCCCCUGCCACUGCUGCACUGAGCCGCCUCAUGCUGCCGUACCUCUUCCCUGAUCUUGCUGCCUUUCCCACAGUCGCUGACCUCAUUACGCACCUCUGCACUAGUGACACUCGCUACCGUGCUGCGCUUCCUGCUGAGUUCUGCGCCAAGAACCCCCCCCCCAUGGGUGUUCCCCUUCCCCCCUUUUGCCCUCUAUCGCCUCUGCUGCUGCGGCCGACCUUGUUGGUCUUGAGUCGGUCGGUGCGGCGUCUGCCCCUAGCGGGAGACGCCGAUCUGGCAAGGGCAAAGGGGGCAAGGGCGCGGGUGGAGCUAGCGGGGGUGGUGGAGGUGGCGGGGGAGGCGGCGGAGGGAGUGGGGGUGGCGGUGGGAGUGGUGGCGGGGGUGGAGGUGUCGGUGGCAGCAGUGGAGGCGGAGGCGGCGGAGGCGGUAGCGGUGGGAGCAGAGGCGGCGGUGGUGGCGGAGGUGGAGGAGGCGGUGGUGGAGGAGUUGGAGCUGGUCGGGGUGGCGCUUCGCAGCGGAGCGGCUCCGGUGGUGGUGUGUCCCAGGUAG